AUGGAGUUCGGGUACGAGCGGGGCCGGGCGCGCCGCCGGCGCCGUGCGUGUGCGCAUGCGCGCUGCCCCGGAAGCGCGGGCCGUUCGAGCGCCAUGGCGGGGCGCGGCCGGGCGGGCAGCGCCGCCGGGGCACGGCGGGCACCCAGCGGGGCAGCGGCCUCGGCCGGGAGGAGCCCCGAGAGAGCCGCCGCGGGGAGCCAGGGCUGGCGGAGCGGCAGCAGUGCCCUGUACUUCUCUUCCAGCAGCGAUGACGAAUUUGAAAUGUUUUUAGCUAGACUGAAAACUCCCAAAUCUGUUUCUAAAAAGGCAGAUUCAAGUUUGAAAGACUUCAUUGAUGACUCGGAUGAUUUCUUCUUGGACUUGAAGGUGAAAAAGAGUACAACCAAGAGGGCACAGAAAGAUCUUCAGACCCCAAGAAAGCUGAUGACUCCUGGAAAGAGGAGCACCUGCUGCCAAGAAUUGCAGUAUCCAGACACUUCAAGUGACAUUGAAGAUUCUGUCUUUGUAGACAGUCCCUGGCCUAACCACCAAAAAGAGGGAGUGAAAGACUUGAGAGAGGGUCAGAAGUGCAGAAAUCUUUCACCUCCACAAAAUCGGAAAGAGUCAGAUUUCAAAGGCAGUCCAGAUUUUCUUGUUAGAAGGAAAGAAAGAAGCUGUGAAAAUACAGAAAAUAAAUUGCCAGCUGUGGCACUAGGGCGUGGUGCAGGGGUGGAAUCAGAGAGCUCAGAUGAGAGUUUUGGAUCUUUAAUGGAACGGAUAAAGAAGCGAAGUCUGCCCCGCAAACCGGCCCUAAGCACGAGUAAAAGUGUCUUUCAGCCAAGCACGACAGAAAACAGCAAGCCACCCUGCAAAGAUGCUCGGCCUGUGAAAGGGGAGGGAGUCAAGACACCAAAGCCAAAAUCCAUUUCACUUCAAGAAACACCUUCCCUGAUAACGACUCCUGCAAGAAUUCCUGGGAAUGAAUCAAUCAGUUGCUCACAGUCAGCAAAGACAGAGAAAAGGCUCAGGGUAUGUACAGUGCCUGGUUGUUUCUUGCAAGAUCUUUCAAAUCCAGCCUCCCACUAUGUGAAGUAUUUCAAGAAAAAUAAAGAGGAGCUGGCCCAGAAGCUCUACAGGCUGUUUAAUAGUACUAUCUUUGAGCAGAAGUUACCAGAGGACAUGGUAAUAACCUGGAAUAAGAAAAUGAGGAAAACAGCAGGGUAUUGUGUAACGGGGCAGAGGGGAGGCCCUGAAGGGAAGCGUUACGCUCGCAUUGAACUCUCUGAGAAAGUCUGUGACUCUGCAGAUCGCCUUCGGGACACGCUGAUCCACGAGGUUUGCCACGCAGCCACCUGGCUCAUCAGCGGCGUUCGGGACGGACACGGGCGCUUCUGGAGGUUCUAUGCCAACAAAUCAGCUGUAAUUCAUCCAGAACUGCCAGUGGUGACACGGUGCCACAGCUAUGAGAUUAAUUACAAAUUCACCUACGAGUGUGUUCGGUGCAAAGCUACGAUCGGGCGGCACUCGCGCUCCCUGGACACGGCGCGGUUCGUGUGCGCCUUCUGCGGGGGGCAGCUGGCCCUCAGGCAGCCCCCGGGCAGGGGGGGCACCCCUGCCAGGACACAGCUCACGCCCUUUGCCAAGUAUGUGAAGGAAAACUAUGCACUUGCUAAGAGAGAGCAGCAUGGGCUGAGUCAUGCAGAGGUCAUGAAGAAACUCAGUGCUGAUUUUGCUGUGAAAACCAAGCUGGAAGAUUCCUUCUAAUAUCUCAAUACACCUCCUUUCUUGGUGCUACUUAAAUUUUUUAUAGAGAGUGGUAAAAGUUCUGAGCAGCACUAACACAUAGCAUGUCUUCAGUGACUCCAGUAAGGGAUUUACUGUUUCAUCUGGGCAGCUGAUAUGCUGUAGACUCUGUGUGUGUGCUGAAGAACUGCUCCCUGCAAUUGCCAGAGGCAGGAAAAGGAGCAUACCUGAGAUGGGCUUCAAUAUGGGCUCAGAUAUUCUCCUGUGUAGACUUUCCUGAGAAAUCCUUGGCUGGUUUUGUUAAAAUUAAGUGGUAGGUAGAAAGCCAGCCCUUUAACCCUCAGUAAGUAGUGUACCUCUAUCAUAGAGAUUUCAUAGAAACUAAAAUAGAUGCAGAAGGUCAGGUUGGGGAAAGCAGAUUCAAACACUUUCCCCAAGGAUGAGUAGGUCUUGUCAUGGCUUAAGUCUUUCCUAUGAAAUGCAACUGGAUGUGUGUUAUAGUGUUUGUGUCUUCUGUAAGCAAAUUGCUCAGGGGCUUAAUAAUUUUGAUAAUCAGUAAAUGCCAGUUUGAUAAAAACUCUUGCAAUAAAUGAGGCUGCUUUGUUUCAAUUUAAUCAUGGCUGUGUAGGAAUACAGAACCCUGGUACCAGCCCAGCUCUCCUGGCUGUGGGUCAGCACAGUCAUUAACAUCCUUUGGUCACUGGGAUUACAAUCCAAGGAUCCCCAUUCCACGAGGCCCAGGGCUGCUGGCUCAUCUCCCAGGAGCCCUCAAGAAGCCUGGGGUCACUGAGGCACCACCCUCCCUUCUCCAGCAUCAUGAAGGUAAAGGAGCAUUGGAACUAGAAACCAACAGUAAAAACAACGGCACAAAACCACUGACCAU